AAGACAAGCCUCACUAGUUUUCAGCUCUGUGUUUGCGAAGAGUUAUCAUUCCAAAGGCGAAGUACCAAACUUCAGUGAGGAAACACCAUCAGCUACCAAAAGCUCUGUGUCUUUAAACAGUCAUCAGUCCAAAGGCGAAGUACCAAACCUCAGUGAAGAUACACCCUCAGCUACCAAAAGUGAAAGACCAGGCUCACAUGUAUACAGCUCUGUGGAAAGUCACCAUUCCAAAGGUGAAGUACCAAACUUCAGUGAAGAAACACCAUCAGCUACCAAAAGUAGUGAAAGGCAGAAAGGAACGGUACAUAUUGGUGCAGAGAUUAAACGAUGGAGAGAUUUAAAAUUACAUAAGGGAAUGAAGAGUGAUGUAGAACUGGCAACUUUUCUUUUGAACAGCCACAACAGGGUUCAGAAUGAGAAAACAGACACAUCACACCUACAUAUACAAAGGCACCGCAAGAAUUUCAGAAACUACCUCUUCUGGAUCUUCCAGGAUCUUGAGAACAACAUUACCACAUUUUUUAAGAAAGAGCUGGACAGAUUUAAGAAAAUAUUAAAAAAAGAAAACACAAAAUACUUUGUGAAGGACUUUAAGGAGGCUAGAUGCACUGUCAGAGAAGCAGUUCUGGAUAUCACACUCUACUUCCUAAGAAGUAUGAAACAAGAUGAACUAGCUGGGACUUUAGAAGAUGAGCUAGUCUUCAUACAUCAACGACAAAUCAAAUCAAACCUGAAGAAGAGGUAUCAAUGUUUAUCUGAAGGAAUUUCAAAGCAAGGUGAAUCAACUAGCCUGAAUAAAAUCUACACUGAUCUCUACGUCACUAGUGAACAAGUCAAUACUGAUAAUGAGCUCAUGCAGAUUGUGUUAGCUUCCAGGCAUCGGGAAUUACCAGAAGAACAGGUGAAAUACACAAAUUUGUUUGAACAGGCUGAGGAAGACCAGCGUAUCAGAACUGUGCUGACGAAAGGUGUCGCUGGCAUUGGAAAAUCCGUCUCUGUCCAAAAGUUCAUUCUGGACUGGGCUGAAGGCACUGCAAAUCAAGACAUCACAUUCAUAUUUCCACUUCCUUUUCGAGAGAUAAACUUACAGGAGAAAGAAAGACUGAGCUUGAUGGACCUUGUAAGGCAGUUUUUCCCAGAAACAAAAGGAUUGAACCUUGCAAGAAAUGAGAAAUUUAAAAUCCUUUUCGUCCUUGAUGGAUUGGACGAAUGUCGACUUCCUCUGAAGUUUACGGCGAAUGAGAUUUGUCGUGACGUCACUUUGAAAGUCCCUCUUGAUGUUCUCCUAACAAACCUCAUUAAUGGAAAUCUGUUUUCUUCGGCUCUCAUCUGGAUAACCACCAGACCGGCAGCAGCCAGUAAGAUACCUAAUGAGUGUAUUCACCGGGUGACAGAAGUACGAGGGUUCGAUGAUGUGCAGAAGAAGGAGUACUUCAGAAAAAGAUUCCCGGACACGACUCUGGCCGACGAAAUCAUUAAGCAUGUUGUUGAAAACAAAAGCCUCUUUAUCAUGUGCUACAUCCCAGUCUUCUGCUGGAUUUCAGCCACUGUGCUCCAGAACAUUUUGGAGGAGAGACUGCAGGUGUCAGAUACCGAUGACAUGCCUAAGACUCUGACACAAAUGUACACACACUUUUUCCGCUUUCAGAUCCAGCAGAGCGGUAGAAAAUACGAAGGACAAUACGGACCAGAUAUUUCCUGGAAUACAGUGGCUAUCUCGUCACUGGGAAAACUUGCAUUUCACCAACUUCAAAGAAACAAUCUGAUCUUCAAUGACACUGACCUGGAAAGCUGUGGCAUAGACCUUUCUAAUGCAUCUGCAUACUCGGGGAUGUGUACCCAAAUAUUUAAGGAGGAAACAGGGAUCAGACUCGGUACCACGUACUGCUUCGUUCACAUGAGCAUUCAAGAGUUUACUGCAUCUCUUUAUGCACAUCUGUUUUUAGAUUACAGCUUGAAAAAUGUAUUUGCCGAAGAGCAAAUGGAACAGGAAAAUGAAACAAUGUAUGGUUUGCUCAAGACUGCAGUGGACAAGGCACUUGAGAGUGACAACGGUCACCUAGACCUUUUUCUUCGCUUCCUUCUCGGCCUGUCUCUUAAGUCUAAUCGGCCACUCCUACGAGGUCUGUUGACACAGCGGGACAGCAAUGAGGAGAUCCGAGAGGAAAUAGUCAAGUACAUCAAACAGAAAUUAGAUUCUAAUCUGUCUCCAGAGAGAUCCAUCAACCUGUUCUACUGCCUGAAUGAACUGAAUGACCGAUCCUUGGUGAAUGACAUUCAAGAACAACUUAACAAAGGGAGUCUCUCAUCUGUCGACCUCUCACCUGCUCAGUGGUCCGCUUUGGCCUAUGUGUUGGUGACAUCAAAUGAGGAGCGGGAGGUCUUUGAGCUUCAAAAAUUCAAGAAAUCAGAUGAUUGUCUUUGUAGACUAGAGCUGGUUGUGAUAAACUCCAAAAGAGCUCUGUUAAAUGAUUGUAACUUAACAGAGAAAGGCUGUUUAACUCUGGCGAAAGUUCUUGAAUCAGAUACCAGUCUGCAGGAGCUCAACAUAGACAAUAAUAAUCUGCAGGAUUCAGGAGUGGAGUCUCUCUGCACUGGACUGGUGAAAACAAAGAAAAGUAAACUGGAGAUACUGAGGCUCAGCAGUUGUAAUGUGAAGGAGAAAAGUUGUUCGGCUCUAGCUUCAGUUCUGGGUUCAGACUCGAGCGGUUUGAGAGAUCUUGACCUGAGCAAUAAUCUUCUACAGGAUUCAGGAGUGACGCUGCUCUCUGCUGGACUGCAAGAGAACUCUACACUGGAGAUACUCAAACUUUCAAAAUGCAGUAUUACAGAAGGAGGUUAUAAAAGUUUGGCUUCAGCUCUGGAAUCAAACCCGUCGCACCUGAAGGAGCUGGAUCUCACUGGAAAUGAUCCUGGAGAAUCAGGAGUGAAGCUGCUCACUGAUGUACAACAGCAAUCAGAAUGUACACUGACAACACUGAGGUUAAGAUUUUUAAGUCCUGCUGCAGAGAAAGCCCUUGAGUAUCUGACUGAAGUUCUUGGUGAAAACCUCUUAUUUUUGAGAAAGCUGGAUUUAAGCAAACACACACUAAGACCCUCAGGAAUGGUGGCACUUGCUCCUGUACUGAAGGAUAAGCACUGUAAACUACAGACAUUCAUCCUCAAUUACAAUUUCAGAGAAGAAGAUUGUGCUGCUCUGGCUACUGCUUUUAAUUCAAACCCCACGAACCUGGAAGAGCUGGACCUGAGUGGAAGCACUCUUAGAGAUUCAGGAAUGAGGAGCAUCUCCACUCUGUUUGAGAAUUCACAGUGUAGACUGAUCAUACUUAAGCUUAAUCACAUAGAUAUUACAAAAGAAGGCUGUGUUCCCUUGGCUUUAGCGUUUAAUUCAAAUCCCUCACACCUGAGAGAGCUGGAUCUGAGUGGGAAUAAAAUAGAAGAUUUUGGAGUCACGGAAAUCUCCACUCUUCUGAAGAAUUCUGAAUGCAGACUGGAGAAACUGAGACUUUCAAACUGCAGUAUUACAGAAGGAGGUUAUAAAAGUUUGGCUUCAGCUCUGGAAUCAAACCCGUCACACCUGAAGGAGCUGGAUCUCACUGGAAAUGAUCCUGGAGAAUCAGGAGUGAAGCUGCUCACUGUUGUUCCAAACUGUGCCCUGAAAACACUGAGGCUUUUGAAAAGUCCUGAAGCAGAGGAAGCCUGUCAGUAUCUGACUGGAGUUGUUGGGACAAACCCUUUAAUUCUGAGAGAGCUGAAUCUGAGUAAACAUAAACUAGACGACACAAAAGUGAUGCAGCUGGCUGCUCUACUGUAGGAUAAACACUGUAAACUAAAUGUACUUCAGUUGAAUUAUAAUGAUAUUUCAGAAGAAGGCUGUGCUGCUCUGGUAUUAGCAUUACAUUUAAAUCCUUCAAACUUGAAAGAGUUGGAUCUGAGUGGAAAUCAACUCAGAGACACAGGAAUAAAGAAUAUCUCUACUCUGUUGAAAACUCCACUAUGCAGACUGGAAAAACUGAAACUUUCAAACUGCUGUAUUACUGAAGACGGUUACAAGACUUUGGCUUCAACCUUGAGAUCAAACCCGUCAAACCUGAUAGAGCUGGAUCUCACAGAAAAUAAUCCUGGAGAAUCAGGAGUACUGCAGCUCACUAAUUUACUACAUGCUAGCCCAUCAUGCUGUAAAUUGAAGACCAUCAGAUUUUUGAAAAGCCCUGAUGCAGAGGAGGCGUGUGAUUAUCUGACAGAAGUUCUGGGUACAAACCCCUUUCUGCUAAUAGAACUGGAUUUUAGUCUCAACAAACUAGGAUAUCUGAACGGACAGCAGCU